AUGCAUUCCAGCUCGAUUCCUCCCCAUGCUAAUACUGACAUAAGAGACGACGUGUGCGAUGAUGGAAAGGUAAACAACAGAAGUGUUAAAGAAAUACAAUUCAGCACAAAACAAGCAGGAAUAUUAGCCCAAAAGCAGGGGACUGAAAACUUGACACAAAUUUACCUCCCAAUACAUCCUUAUUUCUCUUAUUUGAAUUUUGGUUAUUAA